AUGAGGUUCACUACUGCCUUCGCCAUCGCGGUAGCCGGGCUUGCAGCCGCUGCUCCUGUCAUAGAUUUAGAAAGCCGUGACAAGGUUGCUUACAACCUGUUGGCCGACAACCCAACCCAGGUUGAGUCUCAAGAGGGUGUUGACCUGCUUGCUCCACGUAUUGGGUACAAACGCGACAAGGCAGCCUACAACCUGCUCGCCGACAACCCCACCCAAGUCGAGUCCAAUGAAGGGGUGGAUCUUCUUGCCCCGCGUAUUGGGUACAAGCGCGACAAGGCAGCCUACAACCUGCUCGCCGACAACCCCACCCAAGUUGAAUCGAAUGAGGGCGUGGACCUCCUCGCUCCACGUAUCGGCUACAAGGACUAG